GACAGCGGGGCUGGCGGCGGCGGGAGCUGGAGCGAGCGGACUCGGGCUGGGCUGGGAGCGGCGCCGGACCAAGGGAGAGGCAGGGCGCAAGGCGAACCGCGUAGCAGCUCCGACCUCAGCGCGAGGGUGGGCACAGUGCCCGACCGGCACUUCGCAGGACCUCCGCCGCGCGCGCCUUGCAGAGCCCAGCUGCCCCAUGAAGCCGCCCGCAGCUCAGGGCAGCCCCGCGGCGGCCGCAGCUCCGGCCUUGGACUCCGCGGCAGCCGCGGACCUGACCGACGCGUUGUGCGAGUUUGACGCGGUGCUGGCUGACUUCACGUCGCCCUUCCAUGAGCGCCACUUCCACUACGAGGAGCACCUGGAGCAUAUGAAGAGGCGCAGUAGCGCCAGCGUUAGUGACAGCAGCGGCUUCAGCGACUCAGAGAGUGCAGAUUCACUUUAUAGGAAUAGCUUCAGCUUCAGUGAUGAAAAGCUGAAUUCUCCAACAGAUGCGACCCCAGCUCUGCUCUCAACCACUGUUGCUCCUCGGAAAGCCAAAUUAGGUGACACAAAAGAGCUCGAAGACUUUAUUGCUGAUCUUGACAGAACAUUAGCAAGUAUGUGAAACAAGGAGUUCCAGGUCCUUUUUUUUUUUUUUUAAACAAGAGAGAAGCUUCAGAAAGCUCUGAGGACUUGGCACAAUCAGCUACUAGAAUCUGCUGCCAGAGGUGACAGAGAUGAGAGCUCACCCACCACCAGGCCAUUCUUAGACUCACCUUAAAAUUAGCCCUUGGGCCCACCUCUGGGCAAUUUAGACAGUGAAACUGACUUUGUUGGUCUGCCUCCAGCAUAUUAGAACCGGUCAUCUAUGCUAAUGUAUUUUUCUCUUAAAACAUAGCUUUCUUGUAAUUUAAAGUGCUUUUAUGAAAAUAUUUGUAAUUAAUUAUAUAUAGUUGAAAAUAGUAAUAUGCUUUCCACAUUAUAAUAUAUUUUUGUAUACAAUAAAAUUUGAACUGGUGUCUAUA